AAUGGAUAUAGCUACUUUGUGACAAAUCAAAAGACAACAACCAGCAGUACAGAGGAGGAAACAAGAAUAAUCCGAGUAUGUCAGAAUGAUAUUAAAUAUGAUUCCUAUUUUGAAAUGCCUUUACGCUGUGAAGGAACUAAUUCUGAUUAUUAUUAUAAUCUAGCCAAGUCAAUAUCAGUGACAAAAUUAGGCAGUGAUAACAUAUUAGUAGGAACAUUUGUGAAGGGAUCAGCUACAGCGUUGUGUGUGUUUUCUAUGGAAAGUAUAAAUGCUGUGAUAAAAGACAGGUAUGAGCAGUGUUAUGCUGGAAAUGGAAACACAGAGGCUGCACAGUUUCCAAGAGGACCACACAGAUGUCAAUCUCUUCCAAGUUACAACUAUGGUUCUUAUUACUGCAAUCAUGACUAUGGAAGUGUGAACACACCACUUGUGUCAACCACCCCAGCUACAUCAACCCCUGCUCUGACAUCAACUUCAUCAACAUGGAUAGCUAUAGCAACUACCACGACAACUAAUUACACUGUGGCUUUUGUGGGAACUGCUGAUGGACAGCUUAAAAAGAUUCUAGUGCAGUCUAACACAUCGGCAGUAGAGUAUACCUCAGUUCAGGUGUCUAGUGAUCAGGUAAAGGACAUCAAGUUAGACAGCGUAGAGGAACACUUGUAUGUCAUGACUAAAUAUAAGGUGAGUAAGUUGAAGGUAGAGGACUGUGGCAGCUACAGUACAUGUGAUGAAUGCCUGGCCUCCAGGGAUCCCUACUGUGGAUGGUGUAGUCUGGAGAACAAAUGUAGCAGAAAGAGUUGGUGCAGUGAUGCAGAUGGUACAGCAAGAUGGCUGCCAUUUGAUAAUGGACAGUGUACCAAGAUCAACACCAUCUCACCCUUCAAUACACCUCUAGCCAGACCAACACAGGUGAACCUUUCUGUAAGCCUCCUACCCCCAGGUCAGACCUACCAGUGUGUGUUUGAUACCACAGCUGUCAGUGCCACAGUCACUGGGGGGAACUUGGUGACUUGUGACACACCCACCAGCUUACCUACUAUACCAACUGGGGAUGAUCACAUCACCAUACCCCUGUCCAUCAAGUCAGUGACUACAGGAAAGAAGUUUUUGACCACUAACUUCACAUACUUUGACUGCGGGGCACAUUCUGGGUGUGUAUCCUGUACCAGCAGUAGUUGGGCCUGUGACUGGUGUAUAUAUGCUAACACAUGUACCCACACCAGCAGUACAUGUAGUCCUAGUGGAGGGGUGAUACCGGGACAGAAUAGCCAUGUCAAUGUAGGUAUCAAAGGUCCCACCCAGUGUCCCCAGCUCCUGCCACGUGCACAGGACGUCCUGUUACCUGCUGGGGUCACCAAGGUGAUCUCACUGAGUGGGAAGAACCUACCUGUGCCACAGGCUGGCCAAGGUGAUUAUCAAUGUAAGAUAGGCACUAACACAGUCCCAGCUAUCAGACAGAAUGAUAGUGCCAUAGACUGCCAGAGCCACGCUUAUGUGUACAGGGCUAUCACAGGCCAGGAGAGACAUGAAAUACAAGUAAUCUGGAAUAAUAACCAUGUGAUAGAUCAGCCCAUGGGCUCUGAAGUCAGUGCAAUCUUGUACAAGUGUGACAUCAUGGGCACCACAUGUGGCACAUGUAUUGGUGGUGUGAAUACUAAGUUUGGCUGUGCUUUCUGUGGAGGGACGUGCAAGUAUCGCCCAACAUGUAGUGUACCAGCUGAGAACACUUGUCCUGAUGUUAUCAUCAACUGGGUUUCCCCCUUGAGUGCCCCAAUUGAAGGUCACACCAAGGUCACCAUCAAUGGCACCAAUUUAGGCACCUCUGAUGCCAGUAUACCCACUGUUAGACUGGCUGGGGUGGCCUGUAGACCUGUUGUAGAAGAUUAUGUGGUCUCAAAGAGAAUUGUGUGUACGGCAGCAGAAGCUCCAGGCAGGUUGCCCAGGAAUGGUUCCAUUGAGGUGCAGGUUCAGGGCUUAGGCAGGGUGUACAACUACUCCAAACAGUUCAGAUAUGUGGACCCCAAGCUGGAGACAGUGUUCCCAGUGAAAGGCCCCAUGUCUGGUGGCACCAGGCUGACUGUGAGAGGGAAAGAUCUUAAUGCUGGCAACCUGGAUAAUAUCAGCCUAACCCUGGGAGAGGAAAUGUUGCCAUGUAUUGUAGACAGAAGCACCAUUGGCAGCCAUUCCACCAUUUGUGCCACUCCAGGCGUUGAUAGGCCAAAGGUCGUGACCUCUGUCAGGAUGUUCUUUGACGGCAGUGUACGAAUGCUGGACCAGAACCCCUUCAGGUACACCGAGGACCCUGUGGUGGAAAAAAUUAUGCCACUGGCCAGUUUUCUAAGUGGAGGCAGAAAUCUGACUAUCACAGGCAAAAAUUUUGAUUCCAUUCAACAACCAAAGAUGUUUGUGUGGUAUGGCAAGGAAAAGUCAACACACAACACAACAAACUGUAAGCACGUCCCUGAGAUGAGAGACACCGUUAUCACCUGUCCCUCUCCCAGAGCUCCCCUUGGUGUCAUCGCAACGGCGCCCCCUACCGUGUCCAGUCUACGCUACAAGAGGCAAGCAGACGAGAACAACAGCGUCAAGAUUGGACUUAUAAUGGAUGGGGUGCUUUCAGUUCAAAAUUUGACCAAUAUCACCAACACUAUGCUGUAUGUGGUGGACCCUGUGUUUUCCAAUCUGACCAGUGAUGGCUCUGUUUAUAUUCAGGAAGGCACCAACUUGGUGAUUAAUGGCCACUUCCUGAACCUGGCUGCUUCCAAGAUGGAUGUGACAGUUUUGAUAGGGGGAGUGCCCUGUAAUGUGACCUCCAUAUCUACCAAUCAGCUGGUGUGUACUGUACCCAGCUCCCAGCCAGAGGGGAAGGACAAGAAUCCACCUGUUGUCACGGUAAAGAUGGGCAACCUGAACUUCCAAGUGGGUAGCUUGAAGUACAAGCAGGAGAGCGAGGGGGCGCUACCUCCCUGGGUGAUAGGCCUCAUUGUGGGGGUCGUUGUGGUUCUCCUCGUCAUCAUCAUCGUCAUUAUCAUCUACAACAGGAGACGGGCAAUGAAAGCAAGGCAGGAGUACAAGAAGGUGCAAAUGCAGCUGGAUACACUGGAGAGUAAUGUGAGGAAUGAGUGCAAACAAGCGUUCCUUUCUGCAGCCUUCGCGGAGCUGCAAACGGACAUGUCUGACCUGACCAGUGACCUCAUCGCCACGGGGAUACCAUAUUGGGAUUUCCAUAGUUACGCAUUCAAGGUGCUCUUCCCAAGACAGGCCUAUCACCAGGUCUUGGAUAGAAUUGAUGUUGACCCUGGCUCAAGGCCCAGUGUGGAGCAAGGCAUGCGACAAUUUGAACAGCUUCUGAACAAUAAAGCCUUCCUUCUGGUCUUCAUCAGAACCUUAGAGGCUCAGAAGGGGUUUGGUAUCAAAGAUAAAGUGAAUGUAGCCUCCCUGCUGAUGAUCAUAUUCCUUAACAAAAUGGACUAUGCAACCGAAGUGCUAAAGAGUCUACUGGAAGACCUAGUGGACAAGUCUGUCACAGGAAAGCAUCCUAAACUGAUGUUAAGGAGGACAGAGUCAGUGGUGGAGAAACUGCUAACAAACUGGCUUUCUUUGUCACUGUAUGGGUAUCUCAAGACAUCCACAGGCAACCCUCUGUUCAUGCUGUACAAGUCCAUCAAGCACCAGAUGGAGAAGGGGCCAGUGGAUGUGGUCACUGCAGAUGCCAGGUACUCCUUGUCUGAGGAGAGGCUGCUCAGAGAGAAAAUAGAACUAAAAAGCAUUACCCUGAAUGUAGUCCAGGAGGGAGGGGAGAUGCUGCAGUGUCGGGUUUUGGACUGUGACAGUAUUACACAAGUGAAGGGAAAGCUGCUGGAUGCUAUGUACAAGAACACUCCCUUCUCACGGCGACCUCCAGCUGAGACCUUGGAUUUAGAAUGGCGUCAUGGCCGUGGAGGCCAUCUUGUCCUGCAGGACCAGGAUGUGACGUCAGAGUACGAGGAUGGGUGGCGCCGUAUCAACACACUGGCCCACUACAAGGUGUCAGACGGGGCACAGAUGGCUCUGGUAGACAGCCAUAACAACACACUCAGGUCUACUAACAGUAAUAUGGAGAGCACGUUCAUGUCUGUGAAUUCCUCCACACCAAUGGUACAAGAUGUGGAACAAGGGGCCAAGGCUUAUCAUCUGACCAAACCUCAAGAUGAUGGCACAAUACAAAAACAUGGGCACAAAGUGAUAUCUGAAAUCUUUCUUACAAGGCUGUUGUCCACUAAGGGCACAUUACAAAAGUUCAUAGAUGAUCUGUUUGAGAACAUCCUGGCUGUAAAUGGCUCCCUGCCACCAUGUAUAAAGUACCUGUUUGACUUCCUGGAUGAGCAGGCCAGAAGACAUGGUAUCUCAGACCCUGAGGUGGUACAUACCUGGAAAAAUAACAGCUUGCCCCUGAGGUUCUGGGUGAACAUCAUUAAGAACCCAGACUUCCUGUUUGACAUCCAGGUAUCUCAUAUCACAGACUCCUGUCUCUCUGUGAUAGCACAAACUUUCAUUGAUUCCUGCUCAACAUCAGAACACAGGCUAGGCAAGGAUUCUCCUUCCAACAAGCUGCUGUUUGCCAAAGACAUUCCCCGCUACAAAGAGAAGGUGCAGAGGUUCUACAACUCCAUCAAGGAUAUGCCUGCUGUCAGUGACCAAGAGAUGGCUAUUGCCAUGAAUGAGCUGUCCAGGACAUGCUGUACACAGUUCAACAAGACCACGGCUGUGUGGGAGGUUUACCACUAUGCUACCACAUAUCAUGAUGAGAUUUAUGAAGAGCUGCAGGACUCUCCCGAGGCAUCCAAACAGAGGCUCCCCAUGAAGUUUGAGGCUGUGGCCGACACAGUGAGGGGAGAGAAGGACGGCUAUGCAGAAAUUAACUUCAAGUCUGAUGAUAUGAGACAUGUACAGUUUGUCUAAGGUCUUUCCAGAAUAUCAAUUUUCAAAAAGAUUGAUGAAAUAAAACCAAAAAUGCUUUUAAAAAUAUGUAAGUGGUCCAGCACAAGAGAUGCACAUUAUUUGACAUUUACAGACAGUAAGCUGGAAUGAAAAAGUCAUAAUUAUUUGUCAAAAUAAGAAACUGAAGUUUGAUCAGUUCUGAGACAAUUGCUGGAGAACAAAAGAAAAGAGGGAGCCUUGGAUCAAGAAAAGACAAACCUACAGCCUGCAGCAAAAGUGCAGAAGUUAAAAUGCUGAAUACAAGAGACUGCUGUUUUUACUGUGAUUUAUUAUCCAGACUUACAAGUGUGAUCAAAGCAUACUGCACUAUCAUUGACUGAUAUGUUCACUCUCAGAAAUGCAGAAAAGAAGAAUUACUUAUUCAUUGUCACACAUCUUUUACAGUGCUGUUCACAUGACAAUUCAUUUUGCUUGCAGCACCGAAUUGUGAUGAAAAGGAGGCAAAGCGUCCAUGUUUUAAAAAAGAUACAUCUGGCUGCCAGAUAUUAUGUAUCAUUAAUUUCUAAGCUGUAAAUACUACCUAUUACUUACUCACUGUUGAACAGGAAACAGCUCGCUCAUUUGUCUCAUUCAAGACAAAAACCAAUGGAUUUAGACAUCAAGAGCAAGGGAUACGUCAGUGAAGAGAACAGUCUUCCAUUACUUGUUGCAAUUUGGAAUCCCUGCCAACUAUCGAAGACAUCAGAUUACUUGUCAUGGGGAUUUACAAUGUAGCAGUGUGCAGUGAUACAGUGUAACAACAUACAAUGAUACAAUGUUGCAGUGUUCAGUGAUACCAGUGCACCAUGACCAAAGAAUGAUGGCACGAAGUAGUGUACUUUUGCCAGUCUUUAUGGGGAUUGGAACUGUGAAACAACUUUAAAUGUGUUCAACACAUUUGAUUUGUACUCACUGAUAUCAGUGGUGGGUUUUAUCUUCUGCCAGCAUCCCCUAUCUUGAAGCAUGUCUGGAAUUGAUUCUGUUAUCUGACACGAGAUGGAUGUGUUGGAUAUUCUGGAGGGCAGCUUGUCGAUAGUGCAGGAAAAUAAGACAAUCAGUCAAUAUGCAAAAAAGUAAUCUGUACAUAGAUAAACUAUUGAUGGUGUCUUCAGUAUCAUGUAUAACUCUGCUUGAACAAAACUGGUGCCGCAGUGAUAGAUGCUUUUUGACCUGUCAUAUACAGUGUGCUUUCUCACAUUGCUGUGGGCUGGUCUAGCCUUUUAAUAAUGCUUUACCUGCAUAGGAAAUAAGUGCAAUUUAGGCAUUUGUGACCUCGCUGGUGUGUUGUUUGCCAGAAUAUGGCUGAAACAUGUACUGCUGUUAGUAUCAGGGGAGUUGUACAUUGUAAUAUAUAAAAUAUCAAUUUUUUAUACCACUGAAUGUCACAAGUGGUCAUAUGGCAAAAUGGCCGUGAAAUAUACUAUGUGAUCAACCAAAGAUGUAUGUGUUUUGUCGCUGUACAGAGAGUGAUACUGUUCAUCCAUAUAGCUUAAAUAUAUAUAAUAUCUAUCUUAGGAAGAUCAAAAGUAUGGAGGUUUCUUCCCUACUUGUAUGCAAUUGUCAAUGUUGCAGACUGAGUGUUAAUGUUAACAGUUGGUGAUGAGUAGAUUAAAUAGUACUGAACACAUAUGUUUCGGGCAGUACGUGAGUCACUGAAUUGCAUUAAUUCACACUGAUGUAUACCAGUGAGAUGUACAACAAGGUUGCACUGUGUACAAAUCGAGGUUUACUCACACAGAACAUGAUCAAGGUUGUAUUUUAAGUUUUGAACACAAGAAUUAUUCUCCCCAUCUUUGUUUUUAAUAAUUUCUGGAUGGUACUUUUAUGUGCAAAAUAUUUGCUCUGGUAGCUGAAUAUGUAGAAUGUACUUUGUAUGAGUAUUUUUGAAAAGUAUCUUAAUUAAUUUGAAUAAGGACUUUUAAAGAUAUGAAAUCCUGGGGAAUAUUUUUGUUGAAGUUUGUUUUAACUUCUUUUAUAUUUCUUGCCUUUAUCUUACAUUUUAUGUCGAGAUUUUUUUCAUUAGAAUGAAAGUCCCAAUCAAAAUAUUUUUGUUAAGGAUUCAGUCAAAUAGCACUAUACAACAAAUUUUUACAAAAGAGGAUAUGACACCAAUAAUAUUUAUUGUACAUUUUACUUUUUCAUCACUAAGAAGUCACUAUGCAAUUAGGAACAAUUAUACAAUUUUGUUCUUCAAAUUAAUCCAGAUUAUUUUAUUCCGAAGUGCCUUCCCAUAUGUCAUGCAAUCCACACAGCUUCCAUUAUGUUCACAUUGAAAAGAACUUUCCAGAUUAUUCACAAUUAUUUUCACAAUUAUUUUUAUUAUACAGUACUAAGGUUGUCUGUUUGUAGCAUGCUGUAGAAAUUGGUACUUUGGUACAGCUCUGUGUCAGGUCAGGAUUAUAAUUAGGUGGCGCCUGGCAGAAAUGGGUCACUUACGGUACCUUUUAUAAAUAGGUCACAUCUUGGUACCUCUCUUAAGUAGGUCACAUUGGUUGUACCUUUCAUAAAUAGGUCACAUUAUGGUCCCUUGUCUUAAAGGGCUAAUGGUGACAUCAUAUGUAAUAAAAGUUACAAGGGAAAUAGCGAUGAAAUGCUCUGACACCACAUACUAGUAUAACUAUAAAGUAAUGGCUUUUUGUGGAAGCCUUUCGAAGGGAAUAUUUUGAAAUUUUUGAAAAGAACCAAUUUUGGUUUGAGGACUUGUUUUUUUAGCUUUUAAUGCUUGGGUUUUAUGUUGGUUGUCAGUUGCUGUCAAACUUAAUUGUAUUUGCGUGUUCCUGGUUAGUAUAUUUUUUGGAACAGAUUUGAAAUAUCUGUUUCUAUUUUGCAUAAAUGCUAAUUAUGAAUUAACUAAUCCCAUAUGCAGUAUAUAUCAUACAUAACUGUGCUAAGAUAUAGUGAAUGGCUUACAGAUAUUAACAUAAUACAUUUAAAUGUCUUAAUUGAGAUACCUAUAUUAGCAUGGGCAUCACUGUGCCUUGUUUAAGCUAAGAAAUACACAUCUCUGAUGCAGUUUACUAAAGUAAAAAUAAUUAAUGUAAGCUUUUGUAGAAAGGUCCUACCCACUAAAGUUGAUAAUCAGUCAUUUAAAUUCAUGAAAGUUUAUUAGUCGUGUAUAUUUCAAGGGAAGGAUAGGAAUUACUUCAUAUUGCUGCUGUAUAAUAUCAGGCAACUGCUCCAAUAUUGAGAGAUUGUGAAUCAAUUGGUAUAUUCAAGUAACCUGAAGUUCUUAUGAUAGAACAAAUUGUGUAUAUUAUGUGGUUUCUAAUUUUAGUUUUAUUAUUCCAGAUUGUUUGUGUACAGUUUCUGUAUGAAAAAUUGUAAAUCAACAUUUAAAAAGAUGAAAAUUAAAGUUUUAUUUUGUAAUGAGAAA